AUGGCAGAGAUGGUGGGGUCCAUCGUCGUCGGCGAGGUGGUGAACCGGACCUCCGACUUCCUCAUCAGCAAGCACAGGGAGCGGCUGAGCACGCGAGAAGCCAUCGAGCGGCUUGAGAUGGCGCACAUCAAGAUGGAGGCCGCACUGGAGCUGUCCGGCCGCUGGCAGCAGGCCACCGACGCGUCCCUGCUCCGCUGGCGCCGCAAGCUCAGGCGCGCCGCGGACGAGUGCGACGCCGCGCUGCACCGGUGGAUGCUGCGGGAGCUGCAGGAGGAGGACGCCCGGGAGAAGCUGGCGCGGGCACCGCUCCCGCGGCGCGUCGCGCACGCGGUCCUGUGCUUCGUCUCGGGGCUCCUCCUCCUGAUCGCCCGCGGCGGUGGCGACGACGAGUGCUCCCGCGCCUGCGCCGCCGUCCAGAGGUUCGAGAGGCUGGCCAGCGGCGCCGCCGAGUUCCUCAGGUGCGUGGAGUUCGGCAGCGCGCCGCGGAGGUUGUGCGGCCGCGGCGGCGGCCUGUUCGGCUUCGGCCCCGUCGUUGGGAGGCUCGGCGGUGAACACGCGAGCUACGAGAGGCUGCAGGGAGCUCCUCAGCAGCACCGCUUCUUGGACGCUGCGCCCGCAAGUCCGGCGGCAGAGCUUUGGGUGGACAGCAAGCCCUGCCGUGCCUACCCAAAGCGAAGGGCGUCCGGGAAGAAACUGCUGCUGAUGUUCGGUUCUGUUGUCGUCGAGGAGACAGUGAAGCAGAUCUUGUCAGCUCUGUCUGACAAUGAUCAUGAAGGGAGAUCGGAUGAUGAAACGGAACACGUGGAGAGGCUGGAGAUGGCGCAAAUCAGGCUGGAGGCUGUCCUCGAGGCAUCCGUGGGGUGGCAGAUCAAGGAUCCGUCACUGCUGCGCUGGCGCAGGAAGCUGAAGCGCGCGGCGCAAGAGUGCGACGAGGCGCUCCACAGGUGCAAGCAGCGGAUCGUGGAAGACGAGGAGAAGCAGCGAGCGGCAAGGAGCUCCUCCUUCCCGCAGCGGCUCGCUCACGCCACCAAGGCGUGCCUGUCCUCCGUCAUCGCCGGCCACCGUGACGAAUCGAGCACCACCAGAGACGACGCUCGAAGGUUCGAGUGGUUCACGGACGGAGCGAGCGACUUCCUGCGGUUCGUGGAGCUCGAUGGCACGCCGCGCCGCUACAUGUUCUUCGACCCUCUCAUCGGGCAACUCCUCUCCGGCAAGGAGCUCCGGUACAGGCUUGUCCGGGGAAGCCAGCACCAUGUCCUGUGCAUGCGCCCCGUGAGCUUCGAAGGCCGCGGGCUGGAGGCCAAGUUCCUUUACGUGUACGAAGACGACGACGCGCCGGAGAACAACUUCUGCCUAGGUCUGAUGCUCCGCCUCUCCGAGAGCAUGGUCGUCGUCGGUAUCGCCAUCAAGUGCCUGCAGCAGCUGCUGGUCACGCCUCACUUCAAGUCCAUAGCCGAGGUCGCCAUGCGAGAGAUCGCUCAGCUGCCUACAGAGGACUUCUCCUGGGUGCCUUACGUUGAGUCUGGUCACAAAGAGCACUGGAACAGCAUCCACGGAAUCUUGUCCCAGGUGUCGCGCCCAAACCCAAACUGCUGCAAGCAUCACCACCAUGAACCCAAGCCUUGCAGCAGCAGCAUGCACGCAGCGAAGCUACCAUUACCCAAAGUUUUAAAUAGCUGCUGGACAAGAGAGCCAUCUGUUCCUCCAGAUCCAAGCGACGGCGGCGGCAGCAAGGGGGCCCCAAGAGGCAGCGGCUUCAUCUUCGGCUUCACCAUGGCAGAUCAACAAAGUCAUCCAUCUAGUACCGCCUCUGCCCCAGUAGCAGGUGCACAACGUGCUAUUAACUCAGACGACCCUGCAUGGUCUCAUUGUUACUGCCCAGACAUAACCAAGAAGCAAAAUCUAAAGUGCAAAUACUGUGACAAGCUCUGCAGUGGUGGAAUUACCAGGAUAAAGUACCAUCUUGCUGGGAUUAAAGGAUCCAAUACUGCUAAGUGCUUGAAAGUUCCACCUCAAGUGCAGCAAGAGAUGUUUGCUUUGAUUACAAAGAAGACUAGUGAAAAGGCAGAGAAAGCCAAAGAAAAGGAAAGGGAAAGAGCUGAAGUUGAUAUAGAUCACUCAGAUUGUGAAAGUGACAGUGAAGAUUCUGAACAUGGCAAUGUUGUUCUUGUGGUGAAGCCAAAGGAAACAAAAGGAUCUAGUAGCUCUAGAUCUGUAGUACAUAGUGGUUCUAUUCAGAAGUACUACAAGCCGCCUACUAUAGAGGAGUCUGCUAAGACCAAGCUAAGCAACAAGGUUCAAACAACAUUGACAACCCAGAAAAGAGAAGAGAGGAGGGAUAGAACAUGUGAGUACAUAUGUCAGUGGUUCUAUGAAGCUAGCAUUCCACACAACAUAGUCAGCUUUGCUAAUAUGUUAGAGGCCAUUGGACAAUUUGGUAGAGGUCUAAGAGGGCCCAGUCCCUAUGAGAUGAGUGGAAAAAAGGAAGGAAAAGAUUCAGUGGACUGCUCAGGUGAUAGGAAAGAUGGCAAAUAUAUCUUUGACCUUGUGGACAGAUACAUAGAAGAGAUAGGGGAACAUGUUGUCCAAGUGGUGACUGAUAAUGCGAGUGUCAAUACAACUGCAGCAUGUCUAUUGACAACAAAAAGACCUUCAAUAUUUUGGAAUGGAUGUGCUGCUCAUUGCUUGGAUCUCAUGCUGGAGGAUAUUGGGAAGCUUAGACCAGUUGAGGAAACAAUUGCUAGUGCAAGACAAGUGACUGUGUUCUUGUAUGCUCAUACUAGGGUGUUGGAUUUGAUGAGAAAUUUUCUUAAGAAAGACUUGGUUCGCUCCGGGGUUACACGAUUUGCCACUGCUUAUUUGAAUCUCAAAAGCCUGCUGGACAGCAACAAAGAGUUGAUGCAACUGUUUAAUUCAGAUGAGAUGGAAGAAUUGGGUUACUUGAAGCAGGCCAAGGGGAACAAAGCCAACAAAGUGGUCAGGUCUCAAACCUUUUGGAAAAAUGUUGACACUGCAGUUAUCGAAAUGUAUUUCGUGCGCAUCGUCCCUGCAGUGUCGUCAUGGCAGAGCGCUCGAAGGAGAAAACUUGUGCAGGGUGAAGCAAGAAGCCCUUCCAAGGAAUUGUUCCCACAUCUGAAGCUUGCUAUCCACUACUCGCCUCAUGGUGUUCCAGAAGACAUGGCGUCGCCUUCGGUUGGGAGUUCGACAAUUGAGUUCAUGGAUGGCAAGCAGCAGCAUCUGAUGCAUAAGGACAUGAGCCUAGAGCAACUCGACGAGAUCAUGCUGCCAAAGGCGAUAGAUUGCCUUAACCGGAAGCCCAAGCAUCGUUGUAUCACCUGUCCUAGAAGUCUAAGCAUGAGAUGGCGUACCUUGGCUUGA